AACGAUAACGAAGAAAAACAAGGCUAUUUACCCUAACUGGUCCUGGUUUUGAACCAAAAUCUUCUUUGCUGAUUUCGCUCAUGUGAUGAGGAUCAGCGCCAACUUUUUCUAGUACUCGACAUGUGGCUUGCAUUAAUUGCGUGUGGUCCUCAUGGCCCAGCGUUACUAUCCGUUCCUGCGAGCUUUGAGCCUCAGUGGAACCUGCCUUCGGAAAUACCUGCAAGAAGGGAAUAA